UGUUUUGAAAUCGGAUUUAACCGCAGGCUGGCCGGCUUUCAUUGUUGCGAGUUGAAAGCCCAUAGCCAACCUGACUACUCUGCAGUUGUCCCUUAGCUGCACUGGUACUCGGUUGAAUGUCAAGCACGAUGAGCUCGUCCCCUCGUAGACUUGAGGUGAUGGCCUCGGUCAAAUAGCAUAGAGUACUCGUUCAAGUACGCUAUGUCCAGGUAUCGCGCAAUUGGAGCAUGUCCAAGCAAAUUGGUGCUUGUACUUGUCCCAUGUAUCUGGUUCCUUACCUGUCGGGUUUGUGUUCUUGAUGUACUCCCUGUCAACCCCUUGAUAGCAGCGGUCCCCAUGCUGGUAACGAAGAGGAAUGUGGACUCAGAAAUAUGGAGGUCACCCCCAGCAACCUGGCUGCCCAAGCCUUGGAAGACCGGCUCCUGGCUGUUUAGUGGAGGGGAGAUCGAAGCAACUUUUUCUGGCCCUGGGGACUUCCGCCAGUGCUCCAGACUACGCCCAGCCGCCGUCCGUGUCACCCUGAGGCUGCCUUGAUUGGCUUCCAAAUCGAAAAAUGAAAUAUAUUGAACCUACCACAUUUUGGCCAACAAUUCUACCUGCCGGGGUAGCUCAAUCGGUAGAGGUACGAGUUUUCG